AUGCCCGGACCCGACCAAUCAGGCCCAAUCGCCCAGGAAUUCCUGAAGUUCUACUAUGAGAGCUUGGAGGGAGAUCGCCAAAACCUCGCUCCUCUCUACCGUCCUGAAUCCAAGCUCACCUAUGAAGGCGAAACCCUUGAGGGCGAGGAGCUCCUCAAGAAGAUUGCCGGCAUGCCCCAGGUAAAGCGCGAGCUUGUCAGCGUGAUGUCCCAGUCUUAUGAGAAUGAGACUGCCAUCAUGAUCAUGAUGCAUGGUCACCUCCUCGCCGACGACACCCAUCGGAUGAACUUCAUCCAUGUCUUCAACCUGCGUCGCGAUGCCGGCGGAAACUACUUUGUGAACAACGAGAUGUUCCAGCUGGUCUACAACGCCUAA